CUGAUCGUCCCUUUUUUCGAAUCACUCGAAUCCACAAGGCAGCGCGGCCUCGUCCGUCAUUCUUGCGCUUAGCACAAUCGUCAGGUUACGUCAUGGACGAGUAUGUUGUUGAGGAUAUUAUAUCGAAGGAGGCCGCUGUGAUCGUGUGUCGAGUGCUGCACAAAUCCACCUCCCGACGGUUUGCAAUGAAGAUCUUUGACACAGCCGUGAUGGGCCUCCACCGCCAUGCGUCAUUGCGGGUGGAGUUGAACACGUUGCUUCCAAACAAGCACCCGAAUGUUGUGAACGUUCACGACGUAAACGUUGAAGAUGGCUUGUGCUACGUUGUGUGCGACCUGGAAGAAGGCAACGACCUGUUUGACGUUCUUGUCAAGAAGGGACGGUUUUCGGAAACGGAAGCGAAGGCGUUGAUGAAAGUGCUUCUGGAAACCGUUGGUGCAUGCCAUGCAUUGGGAAUGGUACAUCGCAACCUCAAACCAGAGAGCGUGCGAAUGCCUUCAGAAGAUCCGGCAUCGUUGAUGCUGUCCAACUUUAGUUUGUGCUCCUCCAUCGAUGCCGAGAUGACCACAGUUUGCGGUUCACCAGACUACAUGGCUCCAGAAGUUUUGGCUAACUUGCAUGGAAAGCACCUCUACGGAAAAGAAGUUGACGUUUGGUCGCUCGGGGUGAUGGCGUACGUCCUUCUCAGCGGAACGUUUCCAUUUGCAGGAAGCACUCAAGUCGACUUGUUCAAGGCUAUACAGACUGGAAAGGUUGAUGUCUCAUCGGGGACAUGGACAAGCAUAUCACUCGAUGCAAAGAACUUCGUGUCGGAGAUGCUGAUUGUAGAUCCGACCCAAAGAGCUACAAUCGACCUCCUCUUGCUACAUCCAUGGAUAAAUCCGCUCCAGGACCUUGCGAGCGCUUCGACAGAGUCCAAAGGAGUGCAUGCACUUCGCAAGUUCAAAGCAGCCGCAAUGACGGUUCAAGCAGCAGUGGCGUUAAAGACGCACUUUUGCGCUCCAAGGACCUCGCCGCCAUCCAUAUCUGUGAGCGAGAAAAAAACGGUAGAAGUCACGCGAAAGGAGCAGCUGACGAUCGACACGUUCCUGCUCGACUAUGACAUCCACAAAGAAGUCUUGUCGGAAGGGAAAUUUUCCAUCACCAGGAGAGGCACAUUCAAACCGUCUGGAAAGGACGUCGAGAUGACGUUUUACUCGAAGGCAUUGAUGGAAUUCGACGACGAGAUCGAGCUGAACACGAUGAUUGACGUGCUGAGGCACAUGGGACACCACGACCACAUUGUCCACGUGCAUGAUUUCUACACAGACAGUGACGAAUAUUGUCUUGUCAUGGAUGCGGUAGACGGGACCAAGGACCUCUUCGACCACGUCGUCGACAAAGGCUGUUCAGACGAGCGCGAGGCACGACACAUGAUGACGUGCCUGUUGAAGGCGGUGGCGCAUUGCCACAGACUGGGAAUCGUCCACCGCAACAUCAAGCUGGAGAGCAUCAUGAUUGCAGACACGUUGAAUGCUGUCAAACUGUCGAACUUUGGAAUGGCGGCGCGAAUCGACACCGAUUUAACCGUUGUGUGUGGCUCCCACGAUUACAUCGCACCGGAAAUCCUCGAGAACAUCGACGGUCCUUGCCCUUAUGGCAUCCAAGUGGACAUUUGGAGUUUGGGCGUGCUGUUGUUUGUACUUCUCGGCGGAUAUCUGCCAUUCCAUGGCAACAGCCAGGAUGAUUUGUAUCGAGCGAUCAAGAUUGGCCGCUUUGAAUUCGACGAGCCAUAUUGGGAAGGAAUUUCGAGUGCGGCUCAGGAUAUCAUUUCAAAAAUGCUCGUCACCGAUCCCCAGAAACGGAGCAGCGCAUUUGAUUUACUCCUGCAUCCCUGGAUACUUGACGUGACCUCUCCACCCGUGGGUGAUGCUGUCUCCAGGUCAAGCGCCAUUCGAAAAUUCAAGACUGCUGCACUGUCUGUCAAAGCUGCCGUAUCGUUCAAAAUGUCGACAACGUUUGCAUCCAAGUACACAGCAUUGAACACAACAACCUGUGUUUGCAACGAAUCUGGUGAACUUUAUCGCAUGGCGCGACACGCCAAGGCAAAGUUGAGCCGAGAACGAGUCCGAUGCUUCCUAGCCCACGCAGCAAAAGUAAAGACACUGAAACACCCGCACGUUGUUCGCAUCCACGACAUCUUCAACGACAGCGACGCGGUGUACGUCGUGGAGGAUCGCGUUACUGGCGGUGAAUUGUUUGACCGUAUCGUACAGAAGGAUGGAUACAACGAAGUCGAGGCCGUACAGUUGAUCACGGAUUUGCUGCAUGUCGUGGAUUACUGCCACCGUAUGGGAGUUCCGCACUCGAAUCUCAAGGCUGAAAACAUUUGGCUCGAAAGCCCACAAGACGACUCGCCGAUCAAGCUGGCGAAUUUCGGUCAAACCUACCAAGAAUUGACCGCCUCCAUCGACUACGCGGCUCCCGAGGUCAUCUCGCUACUCUGUGGUGUGAACGAUGGCGAGAAAAGAUUUUACAACAAACCUGCCGACGUAUGGAGCAUCGGUGUGAUCGCCUACGUGCUUUUGUGUGGCUAUUUGCCCUUUCAAGGCCACAAUCGCUUCGCGUUGUUCAAGAACAUCAAGCGAGGCAAGUUUGAAUUCGAAUCGCCGUAUUGGGACUACAUUUCGAAACCUGCCAAAGCCUUUAUUUCCCAAGCACUAGCUGUAAAUGCAAACACCAGACCAACGGUCACCGACCUCCUCCAACACGCCUGGAUCACGGAUAUACACGAGGGUCCUUGUGUUUCCCUGACCAGCACCGUGGACAACUUGACCGCAUUCAACGCGCGAAAGAAGCUCAAGGCAGUCAUGGCCUUGGUCAAAGCAUCGUUGACGCUGCAAAAGUCGGAAGAACGGGUCGUGAGCGACAUUGUUGCAGCCUGACAAAAGUACGGCAAGUCUUGACCGAAUACGAUCCCCAGUCUCUCGAUAAUUACAACCAUUCAUCUUCGUUGCUGA